AUGCGGCGGGCAAAGGGAAGUCAAUGCAUUUCGCAGUGCCUGGGCUUCUCUGCGAGGCCUGUGAGGAAGAGGAACCGAACGUGCUUUGCUCUCAGAACUGUGAUCAGACCCUCCCAGCAGGCCCACCUGCACCACCCUCUAGCAGCCAGGGGAACCUUAGACACUGCCCCAGGAGGCAUCUGCCCAGCUCUCCUCGGGGUGCCCUGCAGCCCCUCAGGCAAGGGGAAGCCCGGCUCCCUGGACCAGAGAGGAUUGGUGCUCGGAGGCGCUCUGCGGGUUUGGUACAAGGGAAAGUUGGUGACGGGUGUGAUGGAGAAAGAGAACAGACAGACAGCCUUGGGUCUAGGCUGGAGCAGACCCAGGAACGCAGGGCUGAAGGGAGGCUUCGCGGCCCACGGAGAAGGACUGAAGCCAGGGUCCCUCCGUUCCACAGACCUCGGCCGUCCCGGCGGAGGGGAGGCCUGGCGGGCCUGGCCGAGGGCAGGGCUUGGUGCCCCUCUGUGGCAGCAGCACCACCACCGUCCUCACCAAGAGUCCGGGUCUCACCGGGCAGCGUCCUCGCCAAGCCAGCGGUCUGACCUGCUUGUCCCCCUGGGGUCACCCGGGAUGGGGUGUGAGGAAGUCAGAGCUGCAUACCCCCAGGGGGGUAUGGGAACCACUUCAGAGUUUCAAAUCCUCCGCAGUGAAACAACACCUUGUGUCUCUCUGCUCCUCCGGGGAGGCGCCCCAGAUGGUUGAUUCUGGAACCUUCCCAGCAGAGCUGCUCCCAGCUGCAGGCGGCCUGGGUUCAAUUCGGAUGGCCGAGGAGAGCUCACUCUUCCGUCUUCCUGUUGGCCGCAAAACCAUCCAAGAUGUUUGGAUCCGUGCCCCAUCCUGAGGGGAGCCUGAGGGGCAAGGAUGUUUGCCCCAUCCUGAGGCGAAGGGUCCUUCUCCUGGGAGUGGCGGAUUCAGUAAAUGAGCAGCUCCCUGGAGCCCUGCUGGGGUCAAAGAGGUCUCUAACAGCAGUGUAGGGACACGGCUGUCACUCUCAGUAAGGCUUAGCCCCUUCUCUUUUUUGCUAGAUGAUAAAGUAUCAGUAAUUUUUUAAAGUAAUAAAUGUAUGUACACAGUAAAAAACAUCUAAGUAAAAUCAUAUAUGAAAUUAAAAUUCAGUUUGACU